AGUAGAAACUCCUAAAGUAAAAAAGCCGAUAACUGAAGAUUCAUGGCGACCAGCUCUAGAUUCUGUGCUUAUAAACGACGAUCACUGGUGGUGCAUGAUAACGAUGAUAAUCGAAACUUUACCAGAGCAUGCACAAUACAUAUCAAUUUUCAACAAGGCAGUUGAGGACGGUAAUCGGAAGGCGGUAUUUUCUCUGAGUUAUGAAAAGUUAAUAAAUUGCGUCAAAGCCCUUUCAAGGGAGGAUCCGGAAAAAUGUGCCACAAUUCAAGGUCUAAGGAAGAAAUGAUUUCUAGAAUGCAGAGAAAGCUAGGACUGGAACAGGAUAUCGAGCGGGAGCUUCAUUUAAUGGGAACUGCACCUGAUGUUGGAGCCAAUUUUCUUACCAACAAAACGAAUAGUCAACUGAGAAAAAGGGGAGAAGAGUGGAGGGACAAAGUAUUCGUCGAUGAUUCUCCAGAAGAUGGACCUAACCUCUAUGUCGUCCUGACUGGCUUUUACGAUCCAAAUUUGCCAUUAGACUUGAUAGAUGCAGGAGUGCCUUUAAAUUGCAUUUUGAGGAUAAAAAGACCUUUAGAGGAUUUUGAAUUAUAUGAUUUUGAAGAUUCUAAAGCAGAUUACAAUAAGAAUCGGUUAUUUGUUUCAGUUAAAAAAUCCGAUUUAAUCAGGUUCUGGAUAGAUUUAGAAAAUCAGUGGAAAGACCCUAAAAGAUCAGAAGACUUUUGCAAGCUUAUAUUUCUAACGUUUUGUCCACCAAAAAUUAAUAUUUUGGAAAAGGGGCAAAAUUUGAUGAAGGAAAUUUAUGAUAGAAUAUGUUUUAUUAUUUAUGAUCUGUACGAACUUUGUCACCAACAUGUGAAAUAUUUAAGAGCAAUGAAGUUGCAGAAAGUUGCUGAAGAAAGACCCAUAAGACAAGAUAUUUCGAGCUAUGAGAGCGUCAUGGCAGAUAUUCCUGAAGAAUCUGCUACAGUAUUUAUUGUAUUAAAUGCGCUAAUCACACAGAUUGAAGCGAAUUUGAAUCCUUCAUCAGAUUAUGACACAAACUUCUUUGAAAGUCCUAGUUUUGAUAUGAAGAAAAGUAGAGAACCUUUAAAUUCGGGACACAAGUUUCUGUAUAAUCUAAUCAAAAAUCUGCAUACUCCUCUGUUUUCAGGUAAUCCAAAAACCGAUGUAUCUUUGAUCCCACUCUCAUUUAUGGAAACACUUGUGGCUCUAAAUUUGAAGCAUGAAACAAUAAAGGUCACACAUCCUGAUUAUAAUCAAUCCAGUCAGGUCAGUAAUCUGAAGUUGGUCCUUUACCGAGAUACGCAUCAUCUUUAUAGGAAGCAGAACAUCAUUUUUGAUACGAAUUCUAUAUAUCCAAAAAUUGCUGCCUUAUGGGACCAAAAUCUAUUAAAUAAGGAUCUACAACAAAGGUAUGCUUACCAUAUAAAUAUAAUCGCUGAUAGUUUAAAAAAUAAGGUGACCAAUGAAACGCUUUGUCAUCACCUGAAUCUUCUUGCUCUUCAAAAUAUUCCACGAAGCGAAAAACUCGUAGUCAUUACUGAAAAAAGUAGAGAAUUAAUGUCUCAAUCAACGGUUUCAUUGCCUAUGACUGAUAAAAAGUUGCCUUGGAAUUGGCGAAGUGACAGCGCUGAGUUCGGAAAAGACUUAAGCUAUUAUUUCGAAUGUCCAGCCCUUUGUGCUCUUGCAGAUUCGAGGGAGAUUCUUCAGUCAGGAUUUCUAGAGGGAAGCCAUCUUGAAAAACAUCCACUUUCUGAGUUCGAAGAUAUUGAACUUCUGUCAGCUUCAGUUUUCCAGAAAACUUUACAAAAAUGUUUUGAUGAUUAUGGUUACUCUCAGAUGUAUUAUUUUGAGCCUACGGAUACUGUUUUGAUAUUCUUCAAUCAAAUGGAAAAUUCUGAGGUCGUGGAACGAGUUGAGUCUGGAAUCCUACCGACGCCUUUAUGUCUUUUUGAAUUCUGCAAGAAUGCCCAUUAUAAGUCUGACAGGAGUACUCAACAAGAAUAUCCAAAAAUAGAUUUUAAAGACAAAGAAAGAGCAAAGUCAGAUCAGAGAAGUGAAUCCGAGGAGGACCUUAUGACAUUACGAGAUGAGAACUUUAUAUUGCCAGCGUCUUUGAAAGCGGAGGUAUUAAGGAAAGUUUAUCAGCAACCGAUGGACGAGCGUAAACCUAAGAUCAGGGAAGAUAAGAUUGUCUCAGAAGGCGGGAGUAAAAGAGGAGAGAAACCGUCGAAGAAAGAAGAGUCCUCGAAAGGAAAAAAAGAGAAAAACUCCAAAGAAAAAGUUGUGAAGAAAAGAAUAUUGGAUACACCGCUCGAUACUUCUUUUCUUCCAAAGCGAGAAAAACUUGUAGCAAGAUGUGCAGAGAAAGGCGAGCCCUUUAAAUUGAUUGGAUAUGACCUUGGAGAACGUAAAAUUGAGGUUUCUAGUAUCAAGAAAAGUUUCUUUUCGAUUGAUGGGACGAACGUGAACGUUGACCUUGAAACAGGUUUAGACUCUAGAAAGCUGUUAAGAAUUGGAAUUACCAACGUUGGAUGUAGAUUACAAUUACACUCGGUUAUUCAUAAGGGCUGCUUAUGUUCGAUGUUCCCCAUUCAUUUUACGACGUCAGAGGGGCUUAUAGUGGCAUUCGAGAAACUACAUGAUAAUAACCGUAUCUUAAAUGUUUCCUACAAGUCUCGCUUGUGGAACUCUUGCUUCGACUUUCGUGUUACAUGGCCGUCGGGACUGUACAUUGAACCAGUGGCGGAAUAUACAUCGGGGAAUCUGUUUUAUAUCCAGCAAAAAUACAUCUCUAAGGGACCGGAUCUUGCUUCUAUAGCAAAAGAGACUCACCGAAAGUAUCUAGGGAACGCAACUGUGGCUAUCUUUCUCGAGAAUGGUACGAUUACGGUUCUGCAAUCUAAUGGCACGAUAGUUACGUGCACGGAGUUUAAAAAAUUAGAGGAAACAAAGGAUAUUGACUUUUCGAAAGGUGAUACGGUACCGACACCGAUUCUUGCAAGAGAAAGAGAGGAUGUUAGCAGCAAAAAGAGCACCAGCGAAUUGUCCGAUGAAGUUUCAUUUGAAAGGGUCGCUUCAACAUUAGAGACAAAAAUUCAAGAAGAGAUUGCACCGUACCGUGAAAAGACUCCAAAUAUCAAGAUAUCGGGAUAUUCUGUGCUGGAACCCGAUGGCCGGCGUUACGAAGUUCGCGAGGGUGUAGUGGUGCAGUUCAAUAGAUUGUUGGUGAGAACUGCCUCAAGCUACGAGGUCGACGAAAGAUUCACGCGUCGUGCUGAUGGCACUGACAUGCUGUUGAAAUCCAAUGGGGAUUUUAUCGUCUCAUUUCCAGAUGGAACACGAAUAACGACAGGGUACAUAAUAGAAGAGGAACCACUUAUUUGUGAUUGGACAGAAACGGAAUUAGAAGAGUUUCAAUUGAGUGAUCAUUUGAAACAUAGUACAAAAUUAAAUGAAAACCAAGCGCUCGGAGAAGAGAACAAGGUUUUGAAGUCCAACUCCUUUGUUUCCGUACUCUUGACUAGUCGAAUGGAGCAUGUACACUAUUCCACUGUGAAGUAUGACCCAGUCAUCCGCUCUUGCAUUCUCUCUAUGCCCGGAGAGGUCGACGUCAGAAUAUCUCAAAAAGGCACGCUUGAUGUUACAGUAGCGUCUAAAGUUCAGCUUAAUAUCCGAGAGAAUGAUCUGACUCUUUCCACUGAAGCUUGUUCAAACUGCAAUACUAGGACAACCACGUUUUACGAGCUGCGGUAUCUGGAUUCAGGAAACGGCGUUGAUUUAUCCAAGGGAUCGGUUUUAACGACCACGGACAUGUUUGGAAAUAUAUUCAGAGUUAAGUACGAUGGCACGUCGAGCUACGAGAGUAAAAAAAAGCUGUUCUGUGGAUGCGACAGAGGCAGUGGUGGAAAAAGCUGCUUGGAUGAAUAUUCUAGCAGGGAAAGCGAGAAAAAGGAGGUAGAGGUACACCGGCAGAAAAAAGGAACAAAAUCUUUUCACUCAGAAGUGCUAAGUGGAGGUCGAUGCAGAUUCUUCGCUAUGAAUCGAGAUUUAACUGCAAAUGAAUAUCUACAUCGAUCAGAAAAAUUGCAGCAUGAGAAAAAGAUUAUCGCCGAUGAUAAGUCCAGCCUCAUAUUUUAUCAGGUGCCAGGUCAACCAGAUCUUUUGUACCAAAUGUCGCUAUCUCCAUUGAAACCUCUUCAAAAAUUUGGAUUGUGGUUUGAAGAUGGGCUAAAUAUGGACAUGAAAAAUCGAAACAGAGAGGAUAUAUUUCGAAGUACUUAUUCGAAUCCUUAUGACUGGUUGUUUCCCUUUGGCAAGAAUGGUGAUGGUACCCGAGAGACCCAUUUUAACAAACCAUUAAAGAGACUUGAUGGAACUCAAGUUUCCGAAGUUUUAGAAGCAAGGAUCCUUCGACAAAUUAAAAGCGGAAAUAUAAACCAUCUUAUUGAUACCAAGCAUGCGAUUGGUUCUUACUGUCAAAAGGUGAUUAACAAAUUCAAUGAGUAUCACUCAUAUUCGCCAACUGAUGUAAGGAACACUUAUGAAAAGAAACUAGAGGAUACUUUGAGAAAUAUAUCUCUUGGCAUACAGAAAACUAUAGAAAUUGAUACUUAUCGUCGAGGACUUUUGAAAUCCUACUCGAAGGAGGAAGAGAAAAAGGUAUCCACAUUUAACUUAAAAAGAAGUUUUGACCAAACGGUUUCUGAAAACCAGAAUUACGAAUGGUAUCGCCAGUGUAUGAGGCAAAUGAUUGUUAUACCAUAUUUUACAAAUAUUACUGGAGUUUGUUUCUUAUGGAUAAAAGAGUGCAUUCAAAAAGCUAUAAACUUAAGUGAAGUUAAAAAUGUUAAUAAAUUUUGA